AUGAGUCGGCACGGAGACAACGAGUUUCGACUCGAAUUGGAUAGUCUGCUUCCGAAAAAUGAUGAAUCCAUUACUAAAAGAGAAAACUCCCGUCGUCCAUCAAUAUUUCGACAGCAAGACCCAGAUGGAAUCGAGAAUGUUCGUUCACAAAUUCUGAAAUUUGCACGAGAGGGAAACGUAGAGCAGCUUCGAAUUAUAUUGGACAAGCAUCCAGAAAUGGUUAACUUACCAGAUGACAAAGAUGGAAUGACAGCUCUUCAUUAUGGAGCCAGAUAUGGAAAUUUUGAGAUUGUAAAGCAUUUACUCAGUCGUGGAGCAAUUCCAGUUACUAAAAAUUUGGAUGGUGAUACACCGUUACACAUCGCAUCAAAAUAUCAUCAUGGAUUCAGUGAUAUAUGUUCAAUCACAAAUGAAAGAGGAAUGGUUGUGAUGGAUCGACUGGAUUCUGAAAGAAUGUACAAUUCUGCAACUAAGAAGAUAAUCAAUUCAUUGGUUGCAGCCAAAUCGGAUAUUGACUCUCCCAAUGAAUACUUCCUGACACCUCUUCAUUAUGCUGCAAUGAAAUCCAAUAUCGCUGCAGUCCAGGCUCUAGUUAAGCUGAAAGCCAACGUGGAUGCAGAAGACAUGAAUCAGAUGACUCCUCUUCUUUUGGCAUGUGUUCAUGGAAGUCAAGAAGUGAUCAAAGAACUUAUCAAGGCCAAAAGUGACGUCACCAAAAGGGAUCUUCGCCUGAAUACUGUAUUUCACAUUGUCGCGCUUCGAGGAGAACCUGACUUUUUGAAAAUGAUGAUGGAGCAUGAUCCAAUAGAAGCAAUUAAGGCUUUGAACAAAGAGAACAAUGAAGGAAAAACUCCAUUGAGGAUGGCAGUUGAAGGAAAUCAUCCGGAGGCGUUGAAGAAAAUUCUGGAAAUGGAGAGCAAGAAUUCACAAAAAUGGAUGGUGAGAGAGAAGGAAUUGAUUCAUUUUGCCGCUGAAAAAGGAUAUCUCGACAUUAUAAAAGCUCUUGUGGAAGCUGGAGGCAACAAGAAUGAACAAAAUUCAAAACAAGCUCUUCCACUUCACGUCGCAGCUAAAAUGAAUCAGUUGGAAUGUGUAGAGUAUCUUAUGGAUGAGAAUACUCGAGAUGCGGCAGAUGAAAAUGAGAUGACUCCUUUGAUGUUAGCAGUAUCCCAGGACAGUUUGGAUUGUGUUAAAUAUCUGAUUGAGAAAGGUGUAGACCUUACAAUUACGGACAGGGAUGAAAGGACUCCAGUCUACAUAGGUGCGAAAUAUAAUGCUCUUCUUUCCGUUGGAUAUAUCCUACAAUAUUUGAAAGACCAAACUGAAACUACGCGGUCUGAAAUAUCGGAGACAGAUUGUCUGAAAAUGUCCCUUGCCUCCAAAAAAUCACUUCAAAACAUAAUGGAAGAUGAGAAAAGAACAAUGGUGAAUAUGGCUGAUCGAGAUCAAAAUAGCCCAAUGCAUAUCGUUGCAUCGAAUGGUUAUCUAGAAAUGAUGAGGGUAAUUUUGCUCUACGAGCACGGAGCUGCAAUUACUCAGGUGAACGAGGAUGAAGAAACUCCGUUACAUAGAGCAUCACAUUCUGGGCAAACUAUUGCAGUGAAGCAGUUGGUCGAAUGGGAUAAAAGAUUGUUGUUGAUGAAAGAUGAAAUGGGAAACAGUGCACUUCAUUUGGCAGCGAAACAUGGCCACGACGCAACAACUGCAGUGCUUCUGUUAGCUGGAGCAGACAAAGAAGCCAAAAAUUCGUUUCAACUGACGCCGUUACAAGUGGCCGUAGACAGCGGACAACUGGGAACUUGUCAGACUUUAGUGGGAAAGGGAGCAGAAAUUGAGAACCAGAGUGAUGCAAAAACUGUUCUUCACACUGCUGCGUAUUAUGGUCACGACACAAUAGCAAGAUUUUUGAUCCAACAGGGAGCAACUGUUGAUAGAAGAGAUGAUAAAGGAAAAACAGCAUUAGAUGUUGCAUGUGAAAAUGGAAGGAAAGAGGUGGCUCGAGUACUUUUGGAAACUGACGAAUUUGAAUCACUGAUGAGGCCAAAUGAUAUAAUACCAUUGGAUAAACAUAGAAAUCCAGAGAAUAUAGAAAGGGAUACCCCAUUUAGAACUCUAUUGAAAAAGUUCCCAGAUUUGGCUGCAAUGGUUAUGGAUAGAUGUGUUGAAAGAAAUACCGAAGAUGAAAAUGAACCAAUACUCUGCGUAGCAUACAACUUUGAAUACAUUGAUGACACCUACAUGUCCCGAGUAGCUAGUCCGGAUGGAGAUGGUGAACAGCUGAUCGGAUACAAAAGUCCAUUUGACGAAAACUUCAAACUCAUAAAAGAUGCUCAAGCGUAUUCAGCCAACUAUGACCAAAUCUACAGGAACCAUCCGUUGAAAAUGAUGGCGAACGCAGAAAAGCUGUCCCUACUUUCUCAUCCUUUGUCCAUGGCUUUGCUGAAAUACAAAUGGAAUCGUUUGGGGAGAGUAAUGUAUUAUUCAGCUCUCUUCAUCUAUCUUCUCUUUAUUAUCAGUCUUACUGAAUUCGUACGUCAUACGAAGGCUCCGUACAAUGUUCCUAUGGGAAAUGAUACUUAUUAUGAGAGCAGUUUCUUUGAGGACAACGAAACAUGCCCCAAAUUGAUAUCCAAAAACCAGACUUCUUUUGGAAACGGAUUGCUCAAAUACUGGCAAUUUGUCAAAUCGGAAUCGAAUUCUUCCAACUUUACCAACGAAACACUUCUGACAGUUUAUGACUUCACAGAAUGUUCUUCAACUUCUGGAGUUCGAUUGAAUUGGCAAUGGCUUUUGGCAGCUCUAUGCAUAUUUUUCGGAUGGAUUAAUUUGUUGUUCAUGAUUCGGAAAUUGCCAAGAUUCGGAAUAUUCGUAGUGAUGUUUGUGGAUAUUGUGAAAACUUUCUUCCGAUUCUUCCCGGUGUUCGUUUUAUUCAUUAUUGCGUUUUCUUCUUCCUUCUACGUUAUUCUUCAAAAUCGGCCAGAGUUCUCUACAAUAUUCGUCUCGCCAAUAAAAACAACUGUGAUGAUGAUCGGAGAGUUCGAAUUCACUGGAAUAUUUCACGGUGAUUCAGAUUCUCACACAGAGAAAAUGUUUGGUCCAGCUCACAAUGCGGUCGCUGGUGUAUUAUUCUUCUGCUUCUGUAUCAUCAUGACAAUUCUUUUAAUGAAUCUCCUUGUUGGUUUGGCAGUCGAUGAUAUCAAAGGUGUACAGGAGAAAGCAGAGUUGAAGAGGCUAGCAAUGCAAGUGGAUCUUGUAUUACAAAUUGAAGCAUCAAUUCACUUUUUUAUCACUAGAAUGAAAAAGUAUCCGACGAAUCGGUUCGCACAUUAUCCACUCGGAAGUCAAAGCCGAUUCGGUAUAUGGUGGACAAACUUCAGGAAGAGAUUUGGGUUGAAUACAAGCAAUGAUGAUGAUUCGGAUAUGCUUAUGGAGUAUGAAUCGGAAAUCACAACGGAGCUCCGCUCAACUCUCAAAAUGCAGUUCAAUCAAUUGGAUAACUUACAGCAGAACAUUGAUGUAAUGUAUGAGAAACAGAUUCGACUGGAAGCCAUGAUUCGGAAUCUUGCAAGAGGAUUGAAUGUUGGAAUAGAGGUCGAAGAAACUGAUUAUUAA